AUGCAUGUAGAUGUAACAGAUCUCCUUCACGAUAAAUCCAUCAUCCCCGCUCGAUCCCAAUGGAUAUAUAAAGAUGACAAAGAGGUGCAUCGGACCCUCUAUGGUAGGUUCCCUUCAGGUCCCGCUCUCACGAGUAAAAGCCCAAUUGUAUCCUUUCUAGAGACGGAGGAAGUCGACGUUGAAGACAUCAUAAACUUAAUCGAGAAUGGUAUCAUCCCGGAUGAAUGGAGAGUGAUAUUGGCGGUGGCUAAGGAAAGGGAGCAGAAGAGGGACAACGCCUGGUUUUAUGUAAAGAUGAUUCCAGAGAUGCAACUUUAUCAAACAGCAACAUAG